ACAAGUUCUAGGCCUGUAGGCUAUUCCACUAAAAGCACAAUUUUAAAAUUGAUACCGAAAGUGGGCGGGUACUUGUGAAAAACUAUGGGGAAAUUCUCAAAUGCCAGCUGUCAAGCGAGACAAAAAUAACUAAAUUACUUGGAAAAAGUCAAUAUAACUCUGCACCUAACUGUAGCACAGUCGCUGUUGCUGAAUCGUUGCGGCAAUAAACGGAGCUGUACAGAGGAGCAGACCGACAACAUCCGGGCAAUACUCAGCUCGCGCAGAAACGGAAUGGCGGAGGUGUGUAAAAAGCUCCUGAAGAUGAGCGUGGAGGUUGUGGACUAGUGGAGAGUGGAUGAGGUACUGUGAUGAAGGCCCUCAGCAGGAGAAGCAGAUGUCUCAACAGGCCUUAGAGGAGUUGGAGGAGAACUUUCGGCCCAUAAAGAUGGCAACGCAGUCCCACACAGCCAGCGAGCUUCCUUUGGAGGAGCUGCUGGCGCUGUACGGCUACGCAGUGCCAGAUCCAGAGAAGGAGACCUGUCACAUGGCUGCCAGACUGCCAGACAUGACACUGGACAAGGAUCAGAUAACUGAGGAUCUUUUUCCUGGGGAAGAGGAAGAAGAAUCGUCAGCUGAUGAUCUCACCCCCUCAGUCACUUCAAAUACCUCCGAUCUACUCCGCCGCCUCCAAGGUGGAGACAAAGACCCACUAGUCUGCUCUUCAGAUGAGGAGUCCGACGAUGCCUCUGUUCCCUCCAAUGAAGAACACAAGGAGAUCAUGGUUGGUUCUAUGUACCAGGCAAAAAUACCUCCACUCGGUCCAUAUACCAACCAGGAGAGAGCUUACAGCAGUGAGGACCAGUUGCUGUGGAGGCCAGGUGUUCUGCCGUUGCAGGAAGUGGAAGAGUUCUUGCUGUAUGCACAGAAACCACGUGGCCAGGAGGGAACAGCAUGUAUGCAGACACAAGGCGACACUGUCCAAGACAACGAACAGGCACUGUAUGAACUAGUGAAAUGCAACUUCAAUGCAGAAGAAGCACUGAGACGAUUACGCUUCAAUGUGAAAGUGUUCAGUGAAGAGCUGUGUGCCUGGAGUGAGGAGGAGUGUAGGAACUUUGAGCAUGGCUAUCGAGUUUACGGGAAAAACUUCCACCUCAUUCAGGCUAAUAAGGUACGAACACGCUCGGUUGGGGAGUGUGUGGAGUAUUACUACAUGUGGAAGAAGUCCGACCGUCACGAGUACUUUACCCAGCAGGCCACCAGGCUCAGUCGCAGGAAAUACAACCUGCAAUCAGGGAGCAUGGAGGAUGGAGACCAGGACGGGGAGGUUGGGGAACUAGAGGGAAGUAACAAUUCUUCAGGCUUGUCUCACAGCUCCAUGGGCACUGGGCAGCUGGAGUCCCCGUUACCACCACAGUCGAGCCUGGACCUGGACAAGCAAGGUGGGGAGCUGAUGAUGGGGCUGUCAGACCUGGGUGGUAACGGAUGUCCUCAGCAGCUGUUUGGCUGUCCCUUCUCUCUCUCGCCCGUGGACGACCUGCGGGAUCCUGGCUCAGGCAAUUGUCAGAGUUGUCCCUCAGCUCCAGUUCAGCUCCAGUCCCAGCCCUCCCCCCAGAGCUGCCAGUGGGCUGACGGGAGCCCUCCGUUUUGCCAUGAUGACCAUCACCUCCCAGGCUCCUGCUUCUACCAGCUACACAUGUGUGGUGGACCUUUUGUAUCCGAGAGCCCUGACUGCGGUACAGCGGGCGGUGGGACCGGCUCCCCCCAUGGGCUGCAGGUGGAAUUUAGCCUGUCUCCGUCUGCCUCACCUCCCUCAUCUGCUGUCCUCCCGUCACACUUCCAGGCAUUUGGCAGUCUUCUGCACCCACUCCCGUCCAGCAUCCCCGCUCUCUCACACAGUGAAGGGACAUGGGAAAAUCAGAACUUAGUGGUAGUCUCCAUGGUUUGCCCUGUGUCGAGAUCUUUGAUCUGUUUUGGUAUUUCCACCGGGCUUGAGGAAACCAGGACAAAAAGUGCAUUUACCUAACUUUGUGGAAAAGGAUGGACCUGCAACCAGUCUGUCUGAACCCUUGUUUUAAACGGAGACACUUGAACUCUCUAUCCAUUGUAGAGUGAUGCGUGUUAAUCACCACUUUUAGGUGUUUGUUACCACAACCUGCACCAGGGCAAUGCUAUUGAUUCACUAUAAUUAAUACAUACUUGCCGGUGAUGAGAGUUGUUGUGACCACCAUGUAAACAAACCAGAAACAUGUGGCUAGCAGUCCCAUUUUCUUUCUAAAAACAGAUCAGGAUGGAAAUGUUUGACUGCCGAGUUCUCCCAGCUUCUUCCAGCAAGAGCCAAUCGUGUUUUAUUAAGCAUGUUGCUCAACACUUUUGCCGCUGCAGCCUUUUGAGGUCUGUCUCUGGAGAGUACCACAGUAAAAUCUGUCCCUUCAAAAAAUACAGAAUGCACCCUCUGUGAUUGGCUCACCCCUUUUUAGUUCCACUGACUGCAUCUGUUUUAUUUGCACAGCCUCCUCCACUCCACCUGUCUUAAGAAUUUUGUUAAAAUAUGCUGAAACUAAAUAACGUUUUCGAAGGUUGAGAUUUGAGCACAGUCUGCGAAGGGAGCACAUUAUUUGGAAGGUUUUAGUUUUGCUUUUGUGGGACUUUUCAUCCUUGUUUUUCAUUUUCAAGAUUUACGCAGAAAUUUAUAAAGGUGCAGUGCUUUGUCAUCAUUUCUGGUCACAGUUUUUAACAUGUUGGAUAUUUAGUACAAUUAAAUGCCUGUUUGUCCCAUUCCCAUGGCCCCAUCAAGUUGUCAAACUGUCAGAUUCCUUUUGAGAAUAACAAACUUUAUGCUUUAAAUGAAUCAGCGCAGGUAUUAUUAUGUAGUUCAAACAUACACUUUCAUAUAUCAAAGGAUUCUUCCAGUUCAAGAUUGAGAAAACCCGUUUAAUUUAAUCUUCAAAUGAAUGAGAAUUAUGUAUUUAUUGUAAUCAUAUGUGUGAUUGCAGUGAAUAUUUCUUGAUUAUUUAAAAUGAUGUACCCCAGAAUAAAUGGGUGAACGUUAAGAUGCCUCUUACUAUGAACAAUUGCAUACAUUUUUAGUCUUUUCAUAAAAUAAUGUACCGAUUUUGUGUAUUCCUUCAUACAUAUGUGGUAAUUUCUUUUAUGUGUCAGUAUAUUUUAGUCAUACUGUCUCUAAAGAGGUAAUUGGAGGGAAGAAAAGGAUUCAGCCCCACGUUCUUCCUUCCAUCUGUUGUCCUAUUUAUUCCUUGUUUCUGUCUGUAAAUGGAAGCACUUCCUGUAAUCUCUGUUAAAAGCCCAGCCAGUUCCAGAUCAAUGUUUUUGUUUUGACUGUUUACAUGAGGGAGGUUAAGGACAAGACCAUGAAGACAGGAAAAGGCGCUGAAUCACUGCCUUUUGUUAAUUCUUUAUUUUUACUUUCAUUUUUAGCAAUUUAUAUAUUGUACUGCUUCUGUUAUGUUUGUUUAUAAUUAUUAUAUUUUGUAAAAGGAAACAAUUAAAAUGAACAUGGGCGAAAUA